CAAAGGGCGCAUCAGCCUCCACUGUCCACGGAGAUCAAGCACGAGGAAGACCUUGCAAGUUGCAGCUUCUCUUCUCUCUUUCUUUUUGAAUAAUUGCAUCCUUUUCGUUGUUCUGAAGCUUCUCGAAUAGCACAGUUGCUCUUGUAGUUAUUCCCCAGCGGUGCUGGGUGGAUGUUGACUGUUUGAGUGAAAGUUCAUCGGCGGUGCUGUUACGGAUCCCGCGGCUAUCAAUAUGAUGAACGAGGGUUCGUUUGGGAAUGGGAACGCUCAUACGGCGUCGCAUAACUUGGCCGACAUCCGGCAGUUCCCGACGAACGGCGGUGCUGGUCUCGGGGAGUCCAGGGGAGGGUUGGGCUUGAGGAGGCCGCAGUUCGGACAAAAUUUGGGGCAGUUUGGGGCGUUUACAUCGGGUUCGAAUCCGAAUGGCCCGGGUAUUGACCCGAGCUGUUCGGACCAGGAAGGAAACGGGGUCAAUAGGAAGAAGCGCGACUCCGAGGAUGAAUUGGCGAAAGGCGUCUCUACCACCAGCAACGGUGGCAUUGGCGAUAGCAAUGGCGUGAAUGAUGGUGAUGGAAAACGGCUUAAAGUAUGUGGAAAUCGGAAUGAGAGCCUUGAAACGAAAGCUGAAACAGAAACCGGCUCAGAAAAGCCAGCGGAGCAAAGUACUCAGCCAGCUUCUGAGCCUCCUAAGCCGGCUUACAUCCAUGUACGGGCGAGAAGGGGUCAAGCUACUGAUAGUCACAGUCUAGCGGAAAGAGCGAGGAGGGAAAAGAUAAGCGAGAGGAUGCAAAUUCUUCAGGAGUUGGUUCCUGGUUGUGACAAGGUUACUGGGAAAGCGUUGGUCCUCGAUGAGAUAAUAAAUUACAUUCAGUCGCUACAGCGCCAAGUUGAGUUCUUGUCAAUGAAGCUUGAAGCUGUAAAUUCAAGUGUGAACCCUGCUGGCAUUGAAAUUUUUCAUCCAAAAGAUUUUGAUCAACACACACUUGACAUGGUAAUUGGUUCUCAAGCUCCGCGAGAUCAGUUCAGCCGGGGUGCAUCACCAGAAUGGUUACACAUGCAGUUAGGUGGCGGAUUUGAAAGAACAACAUGAUUCAAUAAAUCCAUGAACCUGGUAAUAAAUACAUAAAGAUGCAGUAUUUCCUUCAUCCGCUUAAGACAUACUCAAAGCCAGAAGAAAAUGGUCAUGGCGAUUUUGGUCUUUUACAGGGCCUGCUCGAGUUAGUAAACACUAGCAUGUCCAUUUGCUGCCGUGUUAGAAUAUUUAUUCACUGAAUAUGUAGCAUAGGGAAAUAUAAGCUUUCUGUGGCAAUAUUCAGCUCCAACGUAUAACGUAUUGUUCUUGUAAAAGAAGGCUGCCUCUCCUGAUUACAUGUCGCUCAUUUUGUGCGGCAGUUUCAACAUUGGUGUUUGUUUGUGACGCUAUGUUGAAUAGAGUGACCCAAUAUGACUUCGUAUA